UUAAGAAGCGAACGAUAACCUUUGUUUUGCAACGAAGCUCUUUUUCAGCCAGCUACACAAAGCGGGCUUUGAAUUCGGAGAAACAAUGUUCGCACAAUUGCAUUCAGAGCUGCCUCGCGGUGCUAUCGACGCCAUUGCUGGACAAUGAAUCCUGGUCUAUGGGGCUGUCUGAUACCCUGUGGACUGUCAUACUGGUGUGAGAGCAAGAGCGGUGGCGAUCAUCCUCCAUGCAUUACGACGGAGAUGGGUGCAACAGCGUCAACCGACUGUCCCGGCUCUAGUGCAGGAGGAGGAGGAGGAGGUGGAAGUGGUGGCGGUAUGCUCGGUCUGUCAGGGAUCACUUCAACGUCAUCGGGGGCGGCGGGAGCCACUACGACUCCGUUAUCCUCGGGAGGAGGUCUGGGCUACGGCCCGAUGUGCGGCCCUGGCGGCGGUGUUGGUAGUUCCGGUAUCGGUGGUCCGGGGGCUGUGGUGCGCGAAAGACGCAAGAAAGUAACGGGUUUCGCGACGCUGAAGAAAAAACUCAUCCGACGACGCCGCUCGUCGAAAGCCUGUGAUCAUGGGCGGGUGCUGCGUGAGUUCGUGUCUAGUUGGAGUCCGAUUGAGCUGUCCGCGUUACUGGAGGAGUAUGAGUCGCUGGCCGCACUAAAGGACCUCUCGGUGCAGGCUGAGUUGGCUCGCCCGCCCGCUACCACCUUCAAACAGGACCUGGCCUCACUCUACGAUUUCAGGCACUGCACCGACUGCGAUCUGGUGUUUCGCGGAACCGUGUUCCCGGUGCACCGGGCAAUACUGUCCGCACGCUGUUCUUACUUUCGCGAUCUGCUCGCCGGAUGCCCCGGAUAUGGGGCACGUAUCUGUCUCGAGCUACGUUCUUCGCCGGUCGAUGUGGCGAUGUUUUCGUCGCUUCUUCGCUACCUUUACACCGGGGAUCUCUGCACGCACGAUCCGAGCAUCGACGUCAGUUUGCUGCGCCGGCUUGGAGAAGAUUUCGGAACGCCCAAUCCGCUGGAAAACGAUCUGCGAUACUUGCUGGAAACAGGGGACUAUGCGGAUGCAGCCAUUGUGUUCACGUCUGAGGGUGGUGACUACCAUCGACCAGAUUCCGGUAGCUCAGAGUACGGCUUCCGGCCGAAGCUGGAGCUUCCUUGCCACAAAGCGAUUCUGAGCGCUCGGUCGCCGUUUUUCAAGAACAUGAUACAGCGAAGGACACGGAACGUGAGUGAAGAGCAUCAGCUGCACGGUACUGAUCGGUCACUGCAUGCAACAACACGCAUCGUCCUGGACGAGAGUGUGAUUCCGAAGCGCUAUGCGCGUGUGUUGCUGCAUGCUAUCUACCUGGACACGGUUGAUUUGUCGUUGAUACUACGGGGCAACGGAUGUGGUAGCGGCGCGGGAAGUCUAGGUGAGGUGCAGGCACUUACGCACACGGGCCGGGCACGGCCGUCUCCGUUGGAGGAGGCGAUGGAACUGUACCAGAUUGGGCGAUUUCUCGAGCUGGAUAUACUGGCGCAGGGCUGUGAGGAUUUGAUACUCGAGUGGCUGUCACUUGAAACGCUGGCUACCGUACUGCGCUGGGGCAGCCAACCGCACGGGUCGGCCUGGGUGUAUCGGCAGGCUUGUCACUAUUUGCGCGAAGAGUUUUCGGCGAUUGUUGGCUCGCCGGUCUUAUUCCAGCUGGACAAAUCGCAGCUGAUCGAGGCUCUGCAGAACAAUUUCCUGCAGGCAUCGGAGCUGGAGGUGCUGCAGGCGGUGUUGAAAUGGGGCGAACAAGAGUUGAUACGUCGGAUGGAGGACCGGGAACCGAAUCUUCUCAGUCACACGGCCCACUCCGUAACUCGGAAGGGUAUUAAGAAGCGCGACUUGAGCGAUGUGGAACUCCGCGAGAUACUUUCGGAGCUUCUGCCGCAUGUGCGCAUGGAUCACGUGUUGCCACCGAAUAACGAGAUCCUCAAUCAGGCCAUCCGGCGCGGAUUGGUGAGCACACCGCCGUCUCACAUGAUCGGCGACGAGCGCGAGAGUCUGCGAAUUAAUGCGUGGAUUCGGGGUGGCAAAAAUCAUGGGUUGUUCGUACGGCCACGGCUGUUUAUGCCAUACUACGAAGAGGUGAAGGUUCUGCUAGAAGAUCACAUUGCAUCGCAGCAGAUCGAGCUGCUGCGGAUGCGACGGGCGCGCCACAUGCCCGACAUUCCCGACACGCUCUACAUGGUGUCACGGUUAAACAGUAACACGGGCACCAACCUCGGUGGUGGAUCGGCGGCCGGAGUGGAUGUUGUCGCGGCCACCGCCGCCUCGAUUCCUGCGCCAGACGCUCCGACGAUGGAAUCGAUGCAGAAACGGGAGCAAAAGCUACGCCAAGCUCCAGGCUGCCAGCGUGCGCUUGGUUUGUCGCUUUCAAGCCGAUCGGAGAUCAACCGACAGAUCCGGUUGCGCGUCGUGCGGGAGUUCAACUUCCCAGACGAGGUUGCUGAAUUGCUGGAGUGCGCCAAUUGCUACUGCACCGACGGGGAAGCGAAUGGAGCGGAGGAACACAAAGUGACACAGGAUUAUGAUCAAGACGAUCACCACCACCACCACCAUCACCACCAUCAUCAUCAUCAUCAUUCGCAACAGAAUCGGCACCAGCAUCAUCGGCACCACGAUCUGCACGCUAGCCAGCAAUCGUUGGACGAGGAGUUGACGCCGCCCCCAUCGCCAGCUCUGCCCGGCGACAUUGGGCAGCAAGCCGUGCCCUGCUUCGGUCGGAAUAUGACAUUCCCUCGCCAACAACCGACGGUCCCCAGUCAGUCGUACUCUUCUCAGCAACACCAGCAACCGUCACACCAUCCGCUAUCGCAUCAGCAACAUGCGUUGCUUUCUCACGGAACUGGGACAGGAGGAAGCAGUGUCGGUGGCUUACAUGCGUCCGUGUCCAACAAUCCCCUGGGGCUGCUGGGAACGCACCGACGUCAGGAGCUUCCAUCCGUUAUACCGGGGGGUGACAUAGUGGCGUACCGUUUAUCGGCACCAGCCGGCGGAGGAGGUGGUGCUUCCGCCGGAGGCGGAGGUAGUGGUGUCGGCGGAGUUGGGCUGGACCUAGGUGAAAUGGGUGCAUGUUCAGAUGGCCACCUGUCCGACGUAAUGCCAGACGUGGCAAUGGCCACGGCAUCACUCGGACAGCUUCACUUGGGCGGAGGAAGUAGCUUAAACGGUGGUGCAGGCGGAAAUGGUGGUGCGGGAAGUAUGGGUAAUGGUGGAAGUUCCAGCUCAGAUGUCCACGAAAGCCUUCACCUGGAUCUGGGUGAUGGACCGAGCCACAUGAUCGGUGCAGCAGCGAUUGGCGGACUACAUCACAAUAUUUCGCAACACCAUCGUAUGGCCCCUAGCGGUCCAGCACCAGCCACCAGCACGUUCCAUCAUUAUAUGACACGAAACCUGUUGAACCCAAUCCAUCCGUCGAAUUCGUCCCAGCAGUCGACGCAACAAUCGUCCCAUCAAUCGACGGCAUCCACAUCGGGCUCGUCGGGCUCGUCGAUGUCGAUGAUGGCUCAUGCCACUACUCACGGUUCCCAAGCGUCUCUGUCUUUGGCUGCCAGUAAUCACCAACAACAACAGCACCAUGGCUCACAGCAGCAACUGCUGAGCGUAGCGUCGUCAUCCCAGCAGCAACAUCAACCGUCGCAGCAACUGCCAUCAUCGUCUUUGGCCCAACGAUCUUCCUCGCCGUACACACUGCAUCGAGCCAGUCCGAGUUUGCCGCAUAGUUCAUAUCACUCUGGACCACCGCGCUUCUUAUAGAAACGGCUGCAAGUAUUUCCCGAUCGGAGUUGCCUGUUCGUUAUGCCUUUCUAAGCGAAAAGAAACAAAGAAAAUCGAGAACAACCCAUGAAACGAGCGAUACAGCAUGAUAUGUGGUUAAUGUAUUAUCUGUGUGCGCUUUGUUGUGAACACCUUAGUGCCCGUGGCACAGGUUGCAAUGUGAUGAAUGUUGUUACCAAUACGGAAACGGUAACGACGACGCCGUGGCUCCUAUGCAAAUGCGCGUAUACAACUCCAUCAGCAAGACAGAAGAAAAACAGAAAGGCAUAUGUUACGAUAAAAACUAAUCACUUGCGGUUCCGUACGAUUUUUUUUUGGUAAAAACAGAAAUGCAUUAGUUAAAACGAAUCAAACUAUUGAUAAAAUAUUUAAAAAAAUUAAUUCCUUACGAACUACCGAAACACUAGGCGAGACAUGCUAAGCAACGCAAGAGCAGAAAGACCAGCAGUAAAAAUUGAACAAAUAGGGCCCGGCAAGGGCCAAAUUGAGUCAACAGUAAUAAAACAACAUAGAAACAAACAUAUGCAGCAGGCGUGGAUAGAGGGAACAGUGGCAGAUGGAAAAUACGACUUUAUUACUAUGAUCAUAUGGAUAGCAGUAACAAGUACGGUAAUUAACACAAUAAUUAAACAAAUAACGUCUUAAUAUCGAUUAAAAAGAAAAGAAGGUGUAUCCAAAACGGCACGUGGCCGAUAUUUGAGUGUAUCGUCGUAUGGAACCGAAUGAAAGUACGAAAAAACCUGUCCUUAGAUUGGACAUUGUGUCAAUGGGUUGCAACUCAACAAGUACAGUCAUUUGGCACGAAUCACCCAAUAGCAGGAAGACUUUGAAUAAGACGUAGAGAAAGGUGUACAAAAGUUGAACAGAAAGUACUCGGCCCCGCUGAAGAAGGAAGCGCUAUUUAUUAACUCGAAAUAAGCAGUUUGAUGGCAAUUUCAAUGCACGCGAUUCUAUUGGCGCCAUCGGUGCUGACGCAAAUUUUCAACACGUUUGUUCGAAAAACGAUAAAAAGAUGUUCAAAGUGCAUUAAAAUCUUAUAAACUAAAAUGCAUAGCACGUUCGUACUGUUCAUUUUCAGUUUCAAUCUGAAUGGUGGAAGGACAGCGGUGUAUUGAUGUGAUCGAAGUAGAUUUAUUUAUAUCCUUAAUAAUAUUAUUAAUAUCAUUAUUAUUUUUGCUAGAAGUUUAUUUCAUCACUCAUGUUUCAUUCUUUCUUGUUGAUGAGCUCGUUGAAGUUGAUAAGACGAAAGGGCGGAGCCUUUUUUGCAUUCUUGUUUGUAUACUAGAACUGUAAGUAUCCUUACGGAUCCGUACGGAGGUGUAGUGCAUUAGGUGUUUAUUUAUUUCUCGAAUUUUAGAUAAAUUACAUAUUUGAUUUUCAGCAUAUUUAAGAUAUUCGAUUUUUACAUUAGUUGAUUGAGCUUCAUGACAGUUUUUGUGUUUCUAUCUGUCGCUGAUAUGCAUGAGAUUAAACGGAUAUUUCCUUCACUUUUGCGAGCAUCGUAACUAGGGCAAUAUUUCCACGAUGGAUUCGGUUUCUAUUUUCCUUCUUGGUGGAAAAUACCCAUGUACAAUGAAGAGCGGCGGAAGGUGUUAAUAUAAGAUAAAAAAAAUUAUUGUAAAUAAAGCACUCUUUCAUGUGUUGAUUGUAAGUCGAAUGUAAAGUAACCGGUUUACUACGAAUAACUCCCACUCAUGAUAGUAACAACGAUAUAGCAAAAUAUGAAUGGCAAUGGAAUGGAUGGAAAGAUAAGAAGCAAAACCAGCCCAAUAACAUCGAAUGUUUAAAGCGAUAACCUAGCAAAACAGCUGGCGCCGAGCAAAUACGAAAAGUACUCACACACAUACCUUACAAACAUACUUAAAGCAAGCAAUUAUUCAAACAAAACAUACAAAUUCAAAGGAUGCUGCCAAUUCACUUGACACCUUAUAUAUGCAGAAUGAGGUUCGAGCAGUAGCGGUGGAGUCUGAGCGCAAGCAACAUCGAGGACGUAUAGAAAAAACGUGCUAAACAAGCGUGGUUAACGCGUGGCAAACUAUGGGACAUCUACAACGGCGCCGGCGUUAGACCACAAGCGCUGUGCACGCUGCUGUAGUAAAGAGUCAGAGUUAUAAAGAAAGAUGUUUAAAUGCCAAUAUAAACGUUGGUACAAACAUGAACGGAUAAAAAUAAGCUAAAACGACAUGACCCGGUUGGGAAUGAAAGAACCAAUUGCAACUCGUACAAAAGGGUCGAUUCUGGCACAGGUAGCUCAAAGACAAGUACACAUUUAGAUAAGGCCAAUCAAGCAGUCGAAAUGCGGCGUCUCCAUUCCUCUCUUACCUUAUCUUGUGCAUAAAAGUGGAGCCUCGGAACUGCAUUUCCGAGAGAGAAUCGUAAUGGUGAAUAAUGCAACCUAUAUAACAAAAUGCUAUAACUAUUUAAUGGAGUCACGAUACGAGCUGGCGCAAAAAGGCCUGUCGCUGGCACGGGAUAAACAUAUUAGGUAGGGAGUGCGGAGCUGCAACCAUUAUUCCUCUGUCCGUGCGGGACAAUGUGAAAUCACUUGAAAAUACGAAGGAAAGUGGAAGGAACAUUGCGCGUACUCGAUUCGUGGGAACCACGAAUAAAG